GUCUCUUCAUUCAGAGUAUGCCUUAUAUUUUUGUCAAAUAUGAUCUCUAAUUGAAAGUUUAUUUUUGCUUUUGGAUGAAUCUGUGGAGCUCAUGUUGUAAGAAGAAAGGGGGAAGGAGACACAAUGAAAGAGAAGUCCAAAAAUGCUGCCCGGACUAGGAGGGAGAAAGAAAACAGUGAAUUUUAUGAACUGGCUAAAUUACUACCUUUGCCCUCGGCUAUCACCUCGCAGCUGGACAAAGCAUCCAUAAUCAGACUCACGACCAGCUAUCUCAAAAUGAGAGUAGUGUUCCCAGAAGGGCUCGGCGAGGCAUGGGGCCACUCAAGUCGCACCAGCCCCCUGGACAACGUAGGCAGAGAACUGGGCUCCCAUCUGCUCCAGACCCUGGAUGGCUUCAUCUUUGUGGUGGCCCCAGAUGGGAAGAUCAUGUACAUCUCAGAGACAGCCUCAGUCCACCUGGGUCUUUCUCAGGUAGAGCUGACUGGGAACAGCAUUUAUGAAUACAUCCACCCGGCCGACCACGACGAGAUGACCGCGGUGCUUACAGCUCAUCAGCCCUACCACUCUCACUUCGUCCAGGAGUAUGAGAUCGAGCGCUCCUUCUUCCUCAGAAUGAAGUGCGUCUUGGCCAAGAGAAAUGCGGGCCUCACCUGCGGGGGCUACAAGGUCAUUCACUGCAGCGGCUACCUGAAGAUCCGUCAGUACAGCCUGGACAUGUCGCCCUUCGAUGGCUGCUACCAGAACGUAGGCCUAGUGGCCGUGGGCCACUCGCUGCCUCCCAGCGCCGUCACGGAGAUCAAGCUGCACAGCAACAUGUUCAUGUUCCGCGCCAGCCUGGACAUGAAGCUCAUCUUCCUGGACUCCAGAGUGGCGGAGCUGACGGGGUACGAACCUCAGGACCUAAUCGAGAAGACCCUGUACCACCAUGUGCACGGCUGCGACACCUUCCACCUGCGCUGCGCCCACCACCUGCUGCUGGUGAAGGGGCAGGUGACCACCAAGUACUACAGGUUUCUGGCGAAGCACGGCGGCUGGGUAUGGGUGCAGAGCUAUGCGACCAUCGUCCACAACAGCCGCUCCUCCAGGCCACACUGUAUCGUCAGCGUCAACUAUGUCCUCACGGACACGGAGUACAAGGGGCUGCAGCUCUCUCUGGAUCAGAUCUCAGCCACCAAACCAGCCUUCUCCUACACCAGCAGCUCCACUCCUACCGUGACCGACAGCAGGAAGGGGGCCAAGUCCAGGCUCUCCGGCUCAAAGUCAAAAUCCAGGACUUCCCCAUAUCCUCAGUAUUCAGGAUUUCACACGGAAAGGUCUGAAUCUGAUCACGACAGCCAGUGGGGCGGAAGUCCCCUGACAGACACAGCCUCUCCGCAGCUCCUGGACCCCACGGAGAGGCCAGGCUCCCAGCACGACGGGUCGUGCGCCUAUAGACAAUUCUCUGACCGCAGCUCUCUCUGCUAUGGCUUUGCACUCGACCAUUCCAGGCUGGUGGAGGAGAGGCAUUUCCACACCCAGGCCUGCGAGGGAGGCCGGUGUGAGGCAGGCAGGUACUUCCUGGGAACGCAGCAGGCCGGGAGGGAGCCCUGGUGGGGCUCUCGCGCAGCCUUGCCCCUGACCAAGUCCUCCCCAGAAAGCAGAGAAGCCUAUGAAAACAGCAUGCCUCACAUCGCUUCAGUCCACAGGAUCCACGGGCGAGGUCACUGGGAUGAAGAUAGUGUGGUCAGUUCUCCAGACCCCGGGUCUGCCAGCGAAUCAGGUGACCGAUACCGCACUGAGCAGUAUCAAAGUAGCCCACAUGAACCUAGCAAAAUUGAAACUCUGAUAAGAGCCACCCAGCAGAUGAUUAAAGAAGAAGAGAACAGAUUGCAGCUAAGGAAAGCCCCCCCAGACCAACUGGCUUCCAUUAACGGAGCUGGGAAAAAACACUCGCUCUGUUUUGCAAACUACCAACAGCCUCCGCCAUCAGGAGAAGUCUGCCAUGGCCCGGCUCUUGCCAACACUUCACCAUGUGACCACAUCCAGCAGAGAGAGGGAAAGAUGCUGAGCCCCCACGAAAAUGACUAUGACAACAGUCCCACCGCACUGUCUCGAAUAAGUAGUCCCAAUUCGGAUCGCAUUUCAAAAUCCAGUUUGAUCCUAGCUAAAGACUAUCUACAUUCGGAUAUGUCUCCACAUCAGACCGCGGGAGACCAUCCCGCCAUCUCUCCAAACUGCUUUGGUUCUCACCGGCAGUAUUUCGAUAAGCAUGCUUACACAUUAACUGGAUAUGCCCUGGAGCACUUAUAUGACACUGAAACCAUUAGAAACUAUUCCUUGGGCUGUAAUGGCUCACACUUUGAUGUAACCUCCCAUCUAAGGAUGCAGCCAGAUCCAGCACAAGGACACAAGGGAACAUCUGUUAUAAUAACCAAUGGAAGCUGAUGUUUUUCUAAACUAUUUUGUUCUUUAA